UUGAAUUCUCACACAAGUAAAGUUGCACUUCUAUUAUUUUCCACAAAAGUCGCUAUUAUCUUCAUCAGAUGCUCAUACAUUAUAGGGAUCGGACUUCAAUACUCGGUGCUUCACUGAUCGACGCCACACUAACCCAGUGCUGCUUCCGCUCAGAAACGGAGACUGAAUCCUAUUCAAAUGGUGCUGGAUUACUUGUGUGGCUAGACAAAAAGGAGCUUUUGCUGGAUGUUUUUAACGAGCUUCUCGACUCUGUUAUCAUUGAUGUUGCAUCAGAGUCACACCGUAUUGCAAAGCUAGGGCUUGACUGUAAUUUAGAUCAAGAGGAAGAGGAAUUAAGGUUGUCCCUCGAGGCACGGGCAAGGGCAUCCGAUCCAAGCCAUAGUGGUGAAGCCAACGGCAAAUACAUUGUCGACAUAUUCGGCCAAACGCACCCUCCAAUUGCAAACGAGAUAUUUGAGUGCAUGAAUUGUGGGCGGUCGAUCAUGGCCGGAAGGUUUGCUCCUCACCUGGAGAAAUGCAUGGGCAAGGGGAGAAAGGCCCGUCUCAAGUCGACAAGAAGUACGACAGCUGGCCAGAAUCGGUACUCACGCGUGGGCCCUCUUUCAAAUCAUUCUCCUUAUUCGAAUCCCACAACAACAAAUCAUUUAUACAACGGAAGUUGUGCAAGUGCAGGUCAUGAAUAUGCAAAUGGCGCUUUGGACAAACCUUGAGUAGACACUAUUAUUCGACUAGGAUUUAACUCAUGGCCUCUGGCGUAAAUGCAGAAUCAUAUGUGCAACAAAUUCAGAGAUCGCGAAUCGGAAAGUAUUGAAAGAGCCUUUUUUGGUUAGCCCCGUUUUGCUGGACAAAUCUUGAAUGUUUUUUUUGCAAUGUAAGGGACUAGUUCUGGUUCUGGCUUGCAUCUGCGUGCUAUCCUUCUUUGAAAAGCACGCAGCCAUUUUUCUUACAUGAUGUGAACUGCACUCAGUUUAUUGAAAAUUAAAGAUACCAUGUUCUUUGAGAACUGCAAGACCCUUGACCAAUUUAGAGUUUUGUAUUUGAGUUCUAAAUUCACAUAUAUAUUCAGC